AGUAUUUUUAGGAACACGCUGUACACUCCAACAUCAAUGUCAUGUGAUCAAAUCAAACUUCAGCCAUUUCAUUGUCAGAAACAAGAAAACGUGCCCAUGUGUUGAAGACCAAAUCCAGAAGAUGUGACAUAAGAAGGUGUACGUAUCCGAUGCACGAUGGCAGCUCCGGAAGUUGUUCCCAGGAAACAUUCACUGAUCAAACUUGCAUCACCUCCGACUGCUAAAGCUGUCAACCAUGAUCCCACAGUAAAUGGGGUGAAUGCAGAUACUCACCAGAUACACCCAGAGAGAGAAGUUGAGUUGGUUAAUCACUGUUUUGCUGACAUGGAGCGUUUCAUGGCCCGUCUACAGCAGACCGCAGAGGCUCAGAGUAUUCUAGAACAACAGAACAAGAAAAAGAGUCGGAAAAAGAGCAAGAAGAAGAAAAAAGAGCAGGAAGAUGAAGUGCUUAGACAAAAGGCAACUCCCCCAUCAGAACAAGAGUUUGUGGAUAUUUUUCAGAAGAUUAAAUAUUCUUUUUGUCUAUUGGACCGACUGAAAUCAAACAUCUCAGAGCCGUCCUCAGAAGAACUUUUGCACCAUGUCUUCAUUCCUUUGGACUUGAUGGUGAAGACCACAGGUGGACCUACGUUGGCAGCAACAGUUUCCAGCCCUGCUCUGACCAGUGGAGCGAUCUCUCUACUACAAAAAAACCUUAAUGCAAAAGAGAAAGCACUCUGGACCUCACUUGGAUCUUACUGGACCCUGCAAUACUCUAAACUCAAUGAGACUGUGCCUCAAUACACACCUGUGUUUCUGGAUGGUUGGCAGCCGAAGACCAGAGACGCACACGGGCGACUGAUCGAGGACCCCAUUGAAUCACAGCAUAAGCACGAAGCUCAUAUGCUGACUCAACAGAUGAUUGAUCAGACACGCGCAACUACACAGGACGAACAUGAAAGUACUGAAGAUUCAAUGCUUCCUCCAGAAGAAAGGAUGUACCGCUGCAGUUAUGACUUUGUGGCACGAAACAGUAGUGAGCUCUCGGUACUACAAGGAGAAACUCUAGAGGUGUUACAGUCACAUAAGCGAUGGUGGAAAUGUCGGAAUGGUUACGGCGAAGUGGGUUUCGUUCCACAUAACAUCCUUGAGCCGAUCAAUCACUCAGAGGUUGAUUCUUCCAGUGUAAUGCGCAACCAUUCAAUGAAAGCUCCUAUCUCUCCCCCAAAAGGUGGAAGGUUUUCUUAUGCUGCGCCCAACCCCUCGGGCGAAAAUGCAUUCCACCUUAAUCCACGUCAUCAAAGCAUGCCACCAAUGGGAGAUGAUGGAGGAAAAGUAAUGUUGAUGAAUGAUGAGCUCAUGCAGCGAUUGGCCAGUGGGAGACCAUCGGCUCGCCCAGUGAUAAUAAAUAAAGCAAAUGAAACGACAGCACCACUCCACUACAGUUCUUCUCCAAGUGAAGUUCAAGAGUGGCUGAGGGGCAAAGGCUUCAAUGACUACACUGUGAGGAGUUUAGGCAUCCUUACAGGAGCUCAGCUCUUCUCCCUAAAUAAAGAGGAGUUACGGGUGGUUUUACCAGAGGAGGGCACCAGAGUUUACAGUCAGAUCAUGGUGCAGAAGUCACUGCUGGAGGAUGACAAGAAGGCUACGGAGUUGGAGGCUAUAAUGGAGAAACAGAAGAUUAAAGUUGAUUUAAGGGCUGAGGGUGGAGAAUUUUAAUGAAACUGCAUCUCUGUGUCAUUCAGUCUCACACAUUCAGACGCAUUAAAGUAAUAUUUAUGUCACUGCAUUAACAGACCGGUGUGGCAUCAAUCAAGAUCCUGUUAACAAUAUGUUUUAUGUCAUCAAAUAGAAUAUAUAUUUCAUCAAUACAGCUAACCCUGACAUAUAGGGCAACCCAACCAUGUUCUUUUAUGUAUUGAAGUUAAUUAUUAAUAAAAAGCACUGGUGGCUAUCA